UAAAAACAAAAUUUUCACAGCUCCAUCGUUAGCUUCUUCUUUCUCUCCCCCCCUCACCCCCAAAAUUCUUAUCCAUGGCGUUUCUGUCAAUUCCUAGCAUUUUUUCUCGGGCUGGUCCUGCAAUUCCAUCUCUUUACUCGACUCCACCAGCAUGUCAUUUCCUUCAACCCUCCAUCCAUACUCAGUACUCAUUGCAGCUGAAGCCAUUCAGCAGACAAAACCUUUCGGCACUAUGCACGAGUUACGAGGUCGGCGCUGGAUUUUUGGCGGAGGAAUUUGGAGCUCAAAAUGGAAAUGAUAAAAGUCGUGAACCUGAAAAUAGCAAUUGGGAUAGUUCUCAGUACGCCGCUCUGCUUAAAGGCGGUGACCAAGUUACCUCUGUCCUUGAAGAAAUGGCCAAGCUAUUGGAAGAUAUGAAGAUGGACGAAGCAUCUGAGGAGGUAGCAGUGCAAUUGGCUGCACAAGGAGUGAUUGGGAAGAGAGUUGAUGAAAUGGAGUCCGGUUUCAUGAUGGCCCUUGAUUACAUGAUCCAAAUUGCUGAAAAGGACCAGGACGACAAGCGCAAAUCAAUCUUGGAGGUGAUUAAGGAGACUGUGUUAUCACAUCUUACCAAGAAAUGCCCCCCUCAUGUUCAAGUCGUAGGCCUGCUCUGUAGAACCCCCCAAAAAGAAAGCCGGCAUGAAUUGCUGAGGCGAGUAGCUGCAGGUGGUGGAGUAUUCCAAAGUGAGAAUGGCACAAAAGUUCAUCUUCCUGGCGCAAAUUUGAAUGACAUAGCUAACCAGGCUGAUGAUAUUCUGGAGACAAUGGAAUCUCGUCCUGUUGUACCUGAUAGGAAGUUACUAGCAAGAUUAGUUUUAAUCAGAGAAGAAGCUAGGAACAUGAUGGGAGGUGGAAUACUUGACGAAAGAAAUGAUCGUGGCCUGAAUACACUGCCUGAAUCAGAGGUGAACUUUUUAACUAAACUUGUUUCCUUAAGACCAGGGAAAACUGUACACGACAUGAUAAAAAAUGUGAUGCUGGGUAAAGAGGAAGGUGCAGAAAGUUCGGAUGAUGAAGUUAGUAAUGCUGGUGGAAUUGCAGGAAGGGCAAGUGUAAGUGGGCGUAAACCAUUGCCUGUGCGCCCUGGCAUGUUUCUUGAGACAGUUUCUAAGGUGUUAGGUGGCAUAUAUGGAGGAAAUAUCUCUGGAGUCACAGCACAGCAUCUUGAAUGGGUUCGCCAGAACACACUUCAAAUACUUCAAGAGAUAGCAUUCUAGUUGUUCCUUGCACUAAUUUGUAGGAACGCUCGGAGAAGAAAGCCGAUCUAUCCUGUCUAAAUAUCUA